UUUGGGUCGAUUAUGUCAUGGCGGGUUGGUUAGAUGUUUUCGGCAGUUAAAUUUAUAGAAAUUGUAUUGAAUUACGCCGUCAAUGAUCUCGUUUUAUCCGCUGUUGUUUGACACCAAGCAUAUCUUUAUAUUCGUAAUCCUUUCCUAAACAAUUCAAAUGCUGAAACAAUUGCAAAUGGGCCUUCGCACGUUUAUGCUUAUCGCAUCUAAAGUAUGGAGUUGUUUUUGUUACAUGUUUAAGAAGCAAUAUCGAGCGUUGGCGCAAUAUCAAUCUGUCAAGUAUGAAAUAUAUCCCCUUUCCCCGGUAUCUAGACACAGGUUGAACCUAGUCAAGCGGAAAAUGCUGGUAUUAGACCUAGACGAGACACUGAUCCAUUCUCACCACGACGCGAUGCUACGGCCGACGGUGAAGCCUGGGACACCUCCAGACUUCGUGCUCAAAGUUACCAUAGACAAGCAUCCAGUCAGAUUCUUUGUGCAUAAGAGGCCGCAUGUUGACUAUUUUCUAAAUAUCGUGUCACAGUGGUACGAGCUGGUAGUGUUCACGGCGUCUAUGGAGAUUUACGGCGCUGCGGUCGCCGAUAAGUUGGACAACGGCCGGGGGAUCCUCAGGAAAAGAUUCUACAGACAACAUUGCACGGCCGAGCACGGGUCGUACACAAAGAAUCUGUCGUCUAUAUGUGACGACCUCAACAGGGUGUUCAUUCUGGACAACUCGCCUGGCGCGUAUCGGGACUUCCCAGAUAACGCGAUCCCAAUAAAGUCGUGGUUCUCGGACCCGCUGGACGUGGCGCUGCUGAACCUGCUGCCGGUGCUGGACGCGCUGCGGUUCACGCACGACGUGCGCUCCGUGCUGUCCCGGAACCUGCACCUGCACAGGCUGUGGUAGCACCGCUAUUAAAGCGCGCUUUUGUACAAAUAAGGACGCCACAGGUCUCCUAAACUUAUUUAUUUUCUGUUAGAACAGCGUAUCUACUUUACAUAUAGAUAUAAAUACUUAGUUUUUUAAAUGGACUACUUGACAAUCCUGAUGGGACGAUAUAUGACGUCUUCCUCGUACAAUAAUCUUUAUUCUGUCAUCGUAACAAAUGUCAUGCCCUAAACUUGAAAGUGUCACAUUGUAUAUACCUACUAAAAUUUUCAAAGCAGUUCAUCAACAGAUUUUCUGACUCUAUAUAUUCCAAUAAUGACUAGAAUCAAUGUACAUAUACAAUCUUUUUUCAUAUUUAUAUAGUAUUUCACCACCCAAGACUUAUCAAUUAGUAUCAAAUCCGCUAUACCUAUACAAACCGUAUUUUGUCCAAUAACGUUAAAAAAUAACGUUGUGAUGUCAGAUUCCUUUUUUUUUUUAAAAUGGCGUAUGUCCCAUCAGAAUCGGCGUGUAGUAAAUACAUGAGUGACGCGACGACGCGUUGUGAGUUACCUACGUGCGUAGGAGUGCGUUAAGAACGCAAGUCUAUGUUUAAGAAUCCCAUUGAAGUUGUUUAAUAAUUAAGCCCGUUUUGACACAAGAACAUUUGAUAUUGGAACGAAAAAGACAGACAAAAGUAGGUAUACAGAAUUUUCGAAAAUAGGACGAUAGUCUGUUUCUAAAAUAUAUUUUGACAGUGACCGCUGUCAAAUCGGGCUUAUUUCCCGACAAUUUUACUUUAUCCAGUAAAAUGGCGGGAAUCGGUUGUUUAUUUAAGAAUAUUUUAAAAAAUACCUCAGUCGUAAGUCACCCAGUCUUGAAAUAAGAAGCCGAUUUGACUGCUGUCCCGUAUAAUGCAAACUUCUAAAGUCGCCACCUUUUAUAUUUUCGUGUUAGUGUAGCAGGAACGAUGUUUCAGGCUCGACCGCCACCAAAGGGAAGAUCAUUCGCUAAGCUAUGCGUUAUGCCUGGGGAAUCGCGGAACUGACGAUUUUGACAGUUGUGUUUAUGUAUAUCUCUUUCUUUAGAGAAGGUAUAUUCAUAUGUAAAUGAAUUAAUUCAUUAUAUACAUAGAUACUUAUUUAUAAUGCAAUUUUCACUCUAAUUUCAAAUUAAUGCGUUAUCAAAAUCGGUUUUCUUUUCGCGAUUUUAGGAGUUAUUGUGAAAAACACUGCGUUCAUUAUGUAUUUGUGUAUUAUUAGUAUGUUUUGAAACUGCUCAUUUCCCUCAUUUUACACGUAGAGAUGUGAUAUUCUCUAAUUAAUGAACUUUUCGUAUCCGGGUAUAUUCUUGUUAUUGAAAAAAAAAUACAAAUAUCACGCCUCUUUCUCGAAGACAGGGAUCGUGGCAAGUGGGAAGAUGUAGUCUUCUUUUACUUUAUCCUAGUUUAUCAAACUUUUCAUGCAAGCCCGUCGUUUUGUUUAAUCUUGACCUAACCUUACGCAGAACGUCCUCGAUUAAAUCAAGGUAUGUUCGUCUUCACCUUCCCCUGUAAAAAAAUAUUAAAUCCCCUUUCAAUAAUAGAAAUUUGAAUUGUAAGUUCACUAUAAUAUUGUUUGCCAUGAGUUAAAAACAAUAUCUUAUCUAUAUAAUUAAGACCAGUAAAUAACUAUGAUGCAAAUAAAUACAUAUUACAUACUGUUUAUUUCAUCGUGUAUAUUUGAUGUGGCUCAGAAAACGGGUAUUACCUGUUACGUUGAAAUUGGUGUUCGCAAAACAAGAAUAUACCUCUACACCUACCUUAUAAAAAAUCGGUCUUAUUCGCAAACAACACAUAAGAGUUUCGUUAACAAACAAUUAAAAAAAAAUUGGUAAGUACCUAUUUUUAGGAAUAUCGCGUGAGAAAAAUUAAAUUCAGUGAGGAUAAAAAAUAUUAACAUUUUUUUUUCAGACUCUCUUGAUUUCGCUAUUCAUAGAAAGUCUAAAAUUACUACUUGUACGUACACAUUUUUCCCAUACGAUAUAACCAAAAAUAGCAGUUUGACAAUAUUUUCUUGUUAUUAAAAAUUAUCGUUAUCUUUCUAUCACUGAUACGCUUACAAGAUAUAGCGUAUAGAUAAAAAAAAAUCUGAUUGUAAUUACGGUACUAGUAUUGUUUGGUUUGUGAUUUAAUUCCUAUAAGAAAUAAGUUUAUUUCCUAUCUCGAAAAAAAAUGAUAAAAGUUCGGGAUUGUUCCUUGAGAAUGUUUGUUUGAAUGUUUGGACGUACAAUUUUUAUAAUAUCGUGGUAAGAGCUCUAUAAUAUAUAAAAAAACACAGUUUUUUCUUAUACGGUACUAUGUGUUUUUGUAAUUUUUAGGUCACUUGUUACUCGUUCAAACCCUUCGGAGGGUUAAAUUGUAACCUUAAUAUUACAGGGAUUGUUAAUUGUGUAGUUCGUUUUUUUUUUAAAUAUGUUAUGGCCUUCGGUUAACGAGAUUAUCCUUUUAAAUAAAUCGUAGUGUUAAAAUUUAUUAGAUGCAAUAUUCGUUGUAGAUGCUCGAAAUACUGACCACGUAUAUUAUAUCAAUGAUUAAUUAUGUAGAAAUUAACCGUUUAACGCAUUAUUUCAACCCACCAACGACUUAAAACCAAAAUACUAACAAUUUUUUUUACAAUUGAAAGUAAACGUUGCGACUCCAACGCAUGGGAGCUAUUCUUGAAAAAGACGACUUGUAGCCGGCGAGAUAUCGAAUGAAUUGUGUAUAUGUAUAUUUCCUUGUAAAGACUUGUGUGUCAUACAAAUAUUAAGGAAGGCAAAGCGCGUUACUUGAUAUGGUGAAUAACCUAAGGAAACCGCUUACAAUUAAGCUGCGGUAUGCAAUAUUCGAUAAACAAUUAGGCGAUGGCAGUGCAAAAAUCCACAUGGGGAUUCCACAUGGGAUUUUUGAACGAUGAGGGAUUGGUAGUAGUUGGUAGUUGUAUUGAUAAAAAAUACAUAAAAAAUGUAUUUUUACAACUGAUAAUACUUAUAUAACCAACAAUCCAGCCCCGGCACUAUUAAUUACCCCCGUAUCGUCUACUUAAUAGUAUUAAAAUGUCUUUUAAUACAUGUAUAUAUAAAAAUCAACAUUUUGAUUAGAAAACAAUAAUUUUUUUGGUCUAUGCAUAGGCAAACUGUAAAUAUACUUGUGUAAAAAAAUAUGUAUGUUGAUUAUUGUAGCCAAUAUGAAUGUAUAGUUCAAUAUUUUUUAUCUUAAACUGUUUUAAGAUAAUCUUUGUAAGUUAGGUUGGUCAAAACUGAACUUUAAACAUACAAAAAAUGUUGUUUAUAAGCAAUACUGAUGUACUAAUUAUGUACAUGAAUUUUAAUAAAAAUGAGUUUUUGAUGAUAGUAAGUUAAUUUGUAGUUUAGUAGAGUAACUUUAUUUUUAUUUAUCACAAAAAAAUAUUUGUAACGUCGCCAUCCCAAAGCACGCCUAUACGGACUGGCAGGGCCAUGAGGUGACAAGAUACAAAUAUUGCUCCAGAAUUCAAUUAUAUAAUUUCGAUUAAUAUUCAAUUUCAAUAUGAAAUAGAUCUGCCUACCCCCACGGGAAAAAGAUUUUAUGUAUGUAAUUCUUCUUGCGUCGUAAACCUCAUUACUGAGGGUCGUGAACUCCCCGGAGACAAGUCAGUUUAGAGCGCACUACGUCUCUCCACCUUGCCCGGUCCUUAGCGGUGUGGAGCGCCUCAUGUAGGUCCUUAUCCAGAGUCGAACGUAUUUGGUCAGUCCAUCUAAGUGGGCUACGUCCCCUUGAUCGUUUCCCCUCUACCUUGCCGGUGAUCAUCAGCUGUUCCAAAUUGUCGCCAUCUUUGCGGGCUAUGUGGCCAAAAAAUUCCAGGAUUCUUCGUAAACAGAUGGUGGAAAGCCUAGUUUGGAUGUUGAGUUCACGAAGAAUAGACCUGUUUGUGCGAAAUGCAGUCCAUGGAAUCUGGAGCAUCUUUCUCCAGCACCACAUCUCGAAAGCAUCAAUGCGGUUACGAUCUGCUUGUUUUAUAGUCCAUGUUUCGGAGCCAUAGCUAAAGAUGCUAAAUACUAAAGUGGUCACUAGCGAGAUCUUCGUCUUCCGAGAUAUGUUGCGAUCCUUCCAGAUUCUUUCCAGCUGAGACAUUGCAUUUUUGGCCAUGCCAAUGCGUCUCCUGAUCUCUUUUUCACAUGAGCCUGUGUUACUAAUAUUAGCACCCAAGUAGAUGAAAUUAUCCACCGUUUCCAGACCCAGAGCACCAGUCAGAUGGAGUGAGUUAGCGCGGUCAACUACCAUGACUUUGGUUUUAGAGUGGUUGAUUUUGAGGCUCAAGUCCAUGCUGAUCUUUUGCAUUUUAGUAAGGAGGCUCAUCAUCUCGGCCUCGUUAGCUGCCAACAAGGUUGUGUCAUCAGCGUACCGGAGGUUUGUGAUUCUGGUGCCGCCGAUCGUGACACCACCUUCCCAGUUUUCCAGAGUCCGUCUGAUGAUAUACUCUCCGUAGAUAUUAAAUAGAACAGGGGAUAAUAUACAACCUUGCCUGACGCCUUUUUCAAUGUAUGUAAUACCUACCAUAAAAUAAUAAAUAGUACAUAGAAAUAUCUACUACAGUAAGCAAUAAUAAGGUUACACUACUAGACUAUAAGACUUGCGAUUGCUUAAUUGAAAUUCAAAUAAAUUAGUGUUGGAAUGUUUGAAAUAUUUUCAUUGUUAAAUGAAUGAGCGAAAUUAUGUUUUACUCUAAACUUUAAGCAUGUUUUUUUUUUCGUUUUUCUAUUAGUAAAAGGAAGUCAUAAUGUAUACCAGACUCUGUCCUAUGAAAUUAUUUAUAAUUUGUGGACAGGGAGUCGCAUAAUGUACUUAUGUAUGAUAUUAUGUUAUUCAAAUAGGUACAUAGUUACAAAACUGUACAGUGAUCUCGAAAAGAUUUUUUCCAAGAAUAUUCCUUUAAGAUGUUCUUUAUAAAUAAAGGCCUAAGUACAAAACCAAUUGUUAAGCAAUUACGUCUUUACUCAAUGGAACCUUGUCUUCUCUGGCAACACUCGUUAUCAGUGUUGCCCAAUACUUACAAUAUCUUUCUUCUUUCACAUCUGCCUUUAUAAAUCUCCCACACAACGUCGCUAUAUUAAUGCUAUAAAAUAGACUAGAAAUUAUGUUGGACUCUUUAAAUUCGUUAAAAAUUUUGAGAUUAAUAUUUUCGUUUUGUGAAUUUGUGAAAUAUUUCAUAAAUGCCUGAAAUUAUAUAUAUUUUUUAUAAGUUUAGAACUCCUGUUUUUCAGGCAUACACUUUCUAAGACCGUAUGCCUAUUUGACUUAUUAAUUGUAUGAAAAAACUAUCUUCCAGUGAACAAUCUAUAGUGUAAAUACUAUAAUAAAUACAAUUUUAGAGUGGUUUGCCCAUUUUUGAAAUGCGCAGCAAUGAUCUCUUAUUGUAAUUUUUGGAAUAAGGUCGCAACUGUUUAACCGGAAUUCGCACAAAAUGUUGUGUGCUUUUUUUGUAGGUUUUUAUAAAAUCCACUGUUGUGUUAAAAUAUUUAAGACAGCUCAAUUCAAACCGCAAUAGAAUUGAAUUCUUAUUUAAAUUCUACUUUAGAGAAGAAAAAAAAUUAAAUUGUGAAAUAUGGAUAUUUUGUUGACAUGUCUUGAAAAUGUUUUCAGUUAAGAAAAGCAAUAUCAGUUCGUAUUAUUUAUACUGAUUUUACCUUUUGUUGUUUAAAUUGAGCUCUUUAGUUUACCAAAUCAUUUUGAAUGAACAUUUUUUGUGACCGUUCAUUAGUUUAAAAUCUAUUUUUGGCAUACAGCUUUGGCUUGUAUGCCAAAAAUAAAAUAACAUUUUUAUGUUAUUUAAAAAUCGGCAAAUCACCACUGGUGCAUCCAAUUUCAGUUGACAAAACCAUUAUCCUUAUAGCGCUAUAAAUAAGGUUAAAAUUUAAGUAUGUUUUGUCAUACUAUAUGUAAGGACUGGAUGGACCCUUUCUUUUUAAGUCAGAAAUCAGAAAAAAAGUGAAACAGGUUUAAUGACAAUAGGAUUACGUAACUAUAUCAUGUACAAAGUAAACUUACUCAAUUGCAAGAUUUUGUGUACUAAUAAAAGCUGUUUAAUUAAAA